UCCGUUCAGUUGUCGUCCGACUCUUGGCGAAUCAACACGUUGUCCUUUUCGUUUUGUUUUUCCCUUCCGUUGGGGUUCUUUACAAGUGUUUUGCGUGUCGUUAGUGCCGUGCCCAUUGAUCGGCUGGCAAGUGUGUCACCAUUCAAUCGAGAGAAAGAAGAAGAAAGAAGAUGCCAUCGAGGCAGCGCAGCGGUGAAAGUGCAUUCCACAGUGACGGUGAAUGACAUUGUCUUCUUGUUUCAUUGAUCCCGUUGAUCAGAUUAUUCUCUAAUCGUUGAGCCGUUCAUUUGCUUCUUUCUUCUACCGGCAAUCAGUGAAUCGUUUAGACUAAGAUAACAUUCAAAUUAAGGGCGUAUACGUUUUCUCUUUGAAAUUGAGAAACAAAGGAAACAAAAAAAAAAAAAAAAAUGGAAACGAUCGAUUUCGGGUGUCAGGUGAGAUGUCUCAACCGACAGCGGUUGAUUCCAGGAUCGACGCAUCCGCAAUUGAACCAAUGCGCCUCGAAAUUCUUGGCCAAAGUAAAAAAGGAAGUGAAGAUGUGCGAUUCGUCGGCCGCGAGCAGCACGACGACGACGACGACGACGACGAUGGCGGCAAGCAAAUUGCCCGAAGCCGGUUGGAUGAAGUUGAAAUUGAGCGAACGCGGCCUGAGAAUCCUGCCGGCCGUUUGCUCGUCGUCCAUGUCGUCGUCGUCUUGCGCCUCGUCGACGACCUCCUCUUCAUCGGCGUCGGCCUCGUUGGGCGCCAUGCGCAGCCUGCAGCAGAACGGCAAGAGCGACGAAGGUUUCGAGUCGGACAGCGACACGUCGAUACGGCGGCCGCACAAAAGCAAUUCGGCCGCGUGCAGCAGCGGCGUCAACAGCAGCAGCUCGGACAUGGACAUGGACAUGGACGACUCUGACGAAGGACGCGGCGGCAGUCAAAACAAGAAGAAGACGCCGGCGCUCGAUGCCGGCGACUCGUCCGACUCGGACUCGGCCGAGCAGACGACUGUCCUCUUCCCCGUCCGCUGCCCGUUGUCGGACAUCCUGUCGUGCCAACACCCGGCCGCGCUCGGCCGCCACGUGGUGCUGUUGACGCUCCGAUCCGCCGACGACAGCGCCCUCGACAUCCUCGCCCUGGAAUGCAGCGCCGAAGAGCCGGCCCGUAUUCUCACAUUGCUCUGUCAGAAGAUCCAGGCCUCGGCCUUCGCCGCCGCCGCCGCCGCUGCCGCCCAUCCGUCAGGAGCGACCCGACCCGCCCCAACGGCGGCGUGCGCAGCAGCUACGACGGCGUCCGCUGCGACCAACGACGCGCCGUCCAAGACGGCAGCCAAGGUCAGUCAAGCGCCGGCAGGCGGCGGCGAUGAGCGGCCGACAGCCAAGACAAGUGGGGCCGCCGUCUCGAUCCAGUCGUGGUCGGACAGGGAAGAGAGGCGGACGCUGGAUGCGAUCCUGGUCGAUUCGAAACACUCGUCGCUUGCCACGCCUUUGGCCGCUGGCGGCGCCAAAGCGCACAACAUCAUCCGCAAAUUGGAGCGCCAGCAUUCCGAAUGGAGUUUGAUCCAGCGACGGACGCGAGACGGACUGACCCACCUGCAAGUCUCGAAGCAGCAGCAGCAGCAGCAGCAGCAGCAGCAGAAGCACAAAUCGACGUCGGCCUAUUUGAAUCAGGCGGCCGUCGCCGGUGGCGGUGACGUCGCUGCCGCCUCCUCCCCCUCCUCCUCCUCCGCCGCUAUGCGCGGCCAUUUCAACGGCUCGGUGCCGACCGCAACAUCCGGCGCCAUGUUGAACAACAACGGCAACAACAGCAGUAGUAGUACUAGUACUAGCAGCAGUCAUAAGAAGGGCAUGCCUUGCGGCGAUCAGAUGGCCCGCCUGGAAACGGGCCUGGCCAUUACCAACAGCCAUCAGGGACAUGGCAGUCGCAUCAGUAGUGGCGUCGAUGGCGUCGUCGUCGUCGCUGCCGUCGCCGCUGCCGGAUUGAAGCGAUCCGACACGGCCGCCGUCAUGCAUCACAAGCUGGCCAAGAGCAAGUCGUCCGGCUCGUCCGUGUCCACUUGCUCUUCGCCCUCGUCUUCUUCCUGCAUCGUCAGCCUGCAGACGCCCGAGUUGCCGCUCUCGCCGUCCAUCACGUCCUUGUCGCCGGCCGUCGUGACGGACGCCUCUACUUCGCCGUCCCCACCGCCCACCCCGCCGCCCCAGCCCAAGACGUCGCGCUGGUCGUUCGGUGCGCCCUUCCGCCAACAGCAGCAGCAGCAGCAGCGCCUCCUGUCGCCGGAAGCGUCGCGACGCAACGCCAAACCCAACCAACGAGGCAGGUCGUCUGAGCGCAAGUCUUGCAAGUUCGACGCCUGUUCCACGUUGAGCGCUCCGCAGAGCGGCACCUCCGAACUGGACGGCCUUUUCGUCUCCUCCAGUCGAAUGUUGAGCAUCAAAUCCAACAGCAACAACAGCAACAACAACAACGGCAAGAAAAAUUCUAAAAAGUCGUCCAAGAGUCUGCCGGAAUUGCUUCCGGUUCAAUCGGCCGCGACGGCGCCCAAAUUGAAACGCGAUCCGUCCAAGACGAGAUCGUUCCUAAUGAAAUUGACGUCGUCCUCCCGCAAAUCGCCCACUCCGCCCCCAACGGCUGCGCCUCCUGCGCCAUUGAGCACGCUUUCUCUCAAUAGCGAACGAUCGGCCAGCGAAAAGGAGCACCGCGGCCAGCAGCAGCAGCACCAGCAGCAUCCGUUGAAACUGCAUUCGCGAGGCCGGUCGUUGAUCCGCCUCCGUUCGUCGACCCGACUUCAAUCGCCGCCUCCUGCUGGACCAGCGACGUCUUCACAUUGCGGCCAAACGUUCCUCAUACCGACCAAAUCCGGACAAGAACUGACACGCAACAUUUAUCCGAAAGAAGGUCCGGCUGCGUCCCAGCAGCUGCAGCUGCAACAACAACAACAACAACAACUGCAUCAACAGCAGCCGUUGCAUCAGCCCGUUUUCCACCUGUUGACCGGACACAAUAACAAAAACGCUUCCGGCCAUGGCAUCGGCCGGCUGCGCUACAACGUCGGUCCGCCGCCAGUAGCGGCCAUGUCGAACGGCUGGGCCGGCUAUUGCUGGAACGACGGGCCAAAUGCUGCGCUCGUCCGUCACUCUGUGCCCACCUACGCGACACCCAUCGAUCCCAACAACAACCAACAUCUUCAACAACAACAACAGCAACAACAACAACAACAACAGCAAUGGAUCUACUUCCAUCCGCAUCGGCAUCACCUGGCCAUGCCGCCGCAACCGCCACCCGCUCUGAUGAAGGCGGGCGAUUUCAACAAGUUGCGCCUGCAACGGUCCAGGAGUCAAAGCCCCGGCCGGAUGCGAAGUAGCCAAAGAUGGCUACCCCCUGCCGCACCAGCUGGCCCGUCGUCUAUUGGCCAUUAUUACGCCGUCCCGACGCCCAUCCACCACCAACAGCAGCCCGUGUCUCUUCCGCCAGACAUGGGCCUCGUCUUGUCGCAACAACACCGAACCGCCCCGCCUUGCCAUUCGCCUUCAAAUGCGAGCGGCAAUCACCAAGAGUUGUCGUCCUCUUCGUCCGCGCGCUCUUUCAGACGAUCCAAAUCGACUCACACGCGCAUGUCGACGCGUAGCCAUUUGACGCCGCUCUCCUCAUCCAAAUCGACUAACCACAACAACAACAACAACAAUAAUAAUAAUAAUAAUAACAAGGCAGUGACGUUUCACGCCUUCGCUACCGUCCAACUGGUUGAUUGAAAACAGUUUUUUUUUUUUUUUUUUUUUUUUUUAAAUUCUAAUUAGUUUUUUUGUUUGUUUUUUUUUGCGCUAAGGGAAUGUUUAUUUGAUACAAAAUAUGAGGGGGAAGGGAAAUUUUUCCUUGAAACAAAAAACAAACAAAAAAAAACGCACAUCUGUGAUGUUUCUUUUUGUUUUUAGUUUUUAUUUUUUUCGAAAUCCUAUUUUGGUUGUUAAAUAAUGUUUUUGGGUGAUUUGACGGUUGUGUAUAGAAACAAAUGCAAAUAUAUCAAAGCGCUCGGAUGGA